AUGUCUUCCACGCUUUCGUUCGUCGGCAAGGUGGUCUCGUCUGUGGCAGACUUCUACAAGGACAUCAAUCCUGCCACCCUCUCCGGCGCCAUCGAUGUCGUCGUCGUCGAAUCCGAGCAGGGCGAGCUUUCGUGCUCGCCAUUCCACGUUCGCUUUGGCAAGCUCAAGCUGCUGCGGCCCCACGAAAAAGUUGUCGAGCUCGCCGUCAAUGGCCAACCCACAGGACUCGAAAUGAAGGUCGGCGAAGCCGGAGAGGCAUUCUUUGUCAUCGGAACAGAGACCGACACGGUGGAAGUCUUUGACCUAGGCGACGCUGCUCCAGGUCCCAGCGACCUUCAAGAUGCCGGUCGAGGAAACGGCUACGUCAGCGCCCACGGCUCGGAUAUUGCGCCCGAUGAAUAUCCCUCGGACCAGGUCGUCCUGACGGUAUCGGAAGAAGCCGUGGUGGUGAGCACUACACAUGACUUGGAGGAGGGCCAAGCUGCUCCUGCUCAGCCAGAGAGCACCAGCCAGAUUCCGCCACAACUGGUGGACGGUGGCCCCGAUUCUGCAGACCUGCGCGUUCCCGCUGCCGACGAUCUGCCCGAAGAAGGCGACGCAGACUUGCUGUUGCCCCGCCCAAUCCGUGCGCGAGCACUGUCGAACGAUUACUCUGAUUCCCGCGCGGCGAUGAGCCGCUUCGCUGUCAAGAGUCUCCCCGAAGGACCCCAGAGCGAUAACGAAGUCGAGUAUCAGGACAGCCAGUCCACUAGCACCCGCGAUCGAUCGGGAUGGAGCUGGCGCUGGGGUGGGCUGCCGGUAAAGUCCAGCGAUGACAAGUGGGCUGCCAAUCCCGUCGAUCCAGUCACUCCCGACCAAAGCGUGCCCUUGUCGACCCAGGAGAAGGUCGAUUCGUACCUGGCGACGCUCUCGUCGGCGCCGCCGCCGCCUCUCAACGAAGGCGCUGUAUCGAUCCCAAUCCCGUCGGACACGGAGGCUCCUCUGCCCGAGUCCUCGGCGGCUUUCUCUGUGGAGCUGUCGUUGUGUGGCAGCAAGGAUUUUGCGACGUUGGUCGGUGCUGCUGCCGACGAGCUGUUCGAGAAGCACAAGGUCGUCUUUGAUCAGUUUUCUCAGUCUCCGGCUAUCCUCAGCGACCCCAGCCUGAUCAUUCGUCUUGGCAAGACUCAGUACCACCAGUGGCAGACUGCAGCGCCCAUCAUUAUCUCGCAGGUCGCCUUUGGAAAGUCGAUCUCGGACGCAACUGUCAAGAAGACUGCUGAGAAGACCAGCGAGUCCAAUGAGCCCAGCGGAUACUGGGGUCUCAAGGCAUGGUGGUCCCGUAGCGGGGCCAAGCCUGAGGCCGAGCACAAGGAAGGCGGACCUGCUCCACAGACGGGCCCGACACUUGAAGCACCUGCGCCGAUGAUGUCGCGGAGCGUCUCUCUGCCGGGAGAGGUGACCAGGACGUCGAUUGAGCCGCCAAGUCCGGCUCUGAUCCCCGAGACGCCAACACGCAAGCCUUGGACGAACUACGCAAAGUCUCUGCGUCUGAACUCCGAUCAGCUGAAAGCCCUUAAUCUCAACAAGGGUGUCAACACCGUGACUUUUACAGUCACCACUAGCCUUCAGGGAAAGGCUGAAUGCACAUCAAAGAUCUUUUUCUGGGACUACAACACCAAAGUGGUCAUUUCGGAUGUCGACGGAACCAUCACCAAGUCGGACGCCCUGGGGCAUAUCUUUACCAUGGUUGGCAAGGACUGGACCCACUCGGGCGUGGCAAACCUGUAUACCAACAUCAAGAAGAACGGCUACGAGAUCCUCUACUUGACCUCUCGAGCCAUUGGCCAAGCCGGCUCCACACGAGACUACCUCAAGAAAGUAGAGCAAGGCACAUACCAGCUCCCUGAGGGACCCAUCAUCAUGAGCCCCGAUCGUCUCUUUCGGUCAUUCCACCGUGAGGUUAUCCUUCGACGGCCCGAGGAAUUCAAGAUCGCCUGUCUCAGAGACAUCCAGCGCCUCUGGGGGCCAAACGCCAAGCCUUUCUAUGCCGGGUUUGGCAACCGCAUUACGGAUGCCCUGUCAUACCGAAGUGUCGACAUCCCCCCGUCUCGUAUCUUCACGAUCGAUCCCGCUGGCGACGUCAAGUUGGAGCUUAUGAACAACUACAAGUCCACAUACGUCAAGCUGAACGACAUUGUCGAUCACAUUUUCCCCUCGCCUGACUCUGCCGAGGCCGUCGACUUUUCCGAUCUUUCGUUCUGGAAGUCUGUGAUCCCGGAGAUUGAUCUCGAAGCCGAAAAGCAAGCGGGCGUCGUCGCUCAGACCCCGGCUACCACUGCUGACGCGGCUGCCGCUGCUGCUGUUGCAUCUGGCACUGCGGCGGAUGCUGGAGCUCAGCUCGGGGAACAGCCGCCGCCGCCGCUCGAUCAGCGCGACCAGGGGGAUGACAAAGACGUCGAGGCUGACGAUGAGGGCGGAGUCGAGGAUUUUGAGGACGACAGCGACGAGGAAAGUCGCUUGGAGCUGGAGAAUCUCAAGGCGACGCCGUAUCUGUGAUCGUGUGAUGGUCGCCAGCGAGUGCGGACACAGGUUCCAGUUGACUGCUGGGUCUUGAAUACAAAUGAAGGAAAACGCCCAGACA